AUGAAGACCCGAGGCCGUGGUUCCACCUCCAAAGAAACGAAGCCUCAGAAGGAGACAAUUCCUGAGAUGGAUCCCUCAGUCACUCCACCAGUUCCAGUGUCAACCCCAUCUGUCGCUACUUCAUCGCUACCAGCUGCCUCAAUUCAUCCAGAUUGUCGACCCAAAACUACAGCAAGGAAGAAUUCCCUCGCCCUUCAAGAUCCUGAGGGAUCUCCAUUAAUUGGAGUGUCAAAUAAAGGUGUAACCUUUUCCGACCUCAAUGUGGAGCAAAACCUAUCCUCAUCAGUUCCACUCGCCUUACUCGAAGGUCCUUCCAAACAGAAGCCAUCUCCGACCUCAUGCCCUCAACAGUUUGUCUCCACAGAAGUCGAGACUAAUCCAUCUACUCAAGACUCUGAGUCUUCAUUAUAUCCUAAUGUACUGACACCCAAGGCAAAGGGCAAGCGUAAAUCCAAAGUCGCUAACCCAAAGCAGACCAAGAAGACCAAAGUAGCCCAGGGGAAAGGUACUAGCAAUAUCUCUGAUUCCACUCCCUUAUCUAAAUUCAAAACUAAGGCAAAAAUCAAUCCUCUUGCUUGCACUUCCUCAGAGUAUGUCUCUUCUGAAACUCAAGAUUCGUUGCCUGAGCUGGACCCAACUCUGACUGAGACGAUUCAUGAAGAACCUCAAGAAGAUCCUCUUCUUCAAGAUUCGGAGUUGGUGAUAGAAUAUGAAGAAGACCCAUUAGAAACUACUCAUGUUGCCUCUAAUCCCAAAGAAAAAAAGCCAUUGGCUUUUCCUGAAUUGUUUGCCAAAAGCACCAAACACAACGGUGCCCCAAUUCGCUCUUCAUGUUCCUCUUUCAAAGCUCAUUCUAUUACUUUCUGUUUUAAUGGUAAUAAGAAAAAUAUACAAUUUUAUGAGCAUCGGCACUUCAUUAGUGAACAUAAUUUUCAUUUUUCUCCUCAUCGUGUUUUUGGGGUAUUGCUUACAUUAGAAGAAAGGGGAUGGUUACGUUCUUUGUCUGGAUUUGAAGGUUAUGUGCCUCGGGUGGUUAAGGAAUUUUAUGCCAAUCUGAAUGAUGAGUUGUUUGAUCAUAAUUCCUUUAUGUUUCAUAUGGUUUAUGUUAGAGGUCAUUGGUAUAAGUUUAGUUUUGUAGAAAUUCUUAAGGUUCUAAAUCUAGUUCCGGAUAAGAUUGAUGAUUCCAUUGAAUUUGCAAAGGAUCAAGUUUUUUCUGAAUUAGUUGGCCAAGCUAUGGUGUGGGAAUCGAGUGCAUCUCUCAGAGUCUCGGACCUUACACACUACUAUGGUACUCUUUUCAAGUUUUCCAUGUUCAAUUGGAUUCCCACCACUCACUCUUCGACCAUCACCCAAGAUAUUACCUUCCUGUUGUUUAAAAUUGGGAAUGGUGUCACUGUUGGUCUUGCUUCUGCUAUCUAUGAUCAGAUACUAUCCUUGAGUGGUGCAAAGCGCAAAGGUAAACACUUGAUGUUUGACUCUUAA